CUAUACCUGCAUUCAUAAUUUACCUAUAUAUAGCCAGUGUCGAGCUCAAGAAGACACUGAUUCAUAGCAGCUCAGAUCACCCACACAAGAUGAAAUUCCUAGUAGUUCUUGCCGUCGCCGUGGCCUGCGCCGCCGCUGACGUUUCCCACAUCGUCACACCCGACUACCAGGUCCCCAUUGUCAGGUCUAGCUACGAAAUCAACCCCGAGGGAAAUGCGCACCAGUACGCAUUUGAAACCGGCAACGGCAUCUACGCUCAGGCUGAAGGUUUUCUGAGGAACGCCAACUCUGACACGCCCGUUUAUGAAGUUAAGGGAUCAUUCAGUUACAAAUCGCCUGACGGCACUCCCGUCGAGACCUCAUACGUCGCCGAUGAGUUCGGAUACCGGCCCACCGGUAGCCACAUCCACGCCGUACCUGAAGCGAUCCUCCGGUCUCUCGCCUACAUAAAGGAAAACACACCGGUCGUAGAGCGUCUCUCCAAACCCUAAGCGUUGACCCAUCAAUUGACCUGAACGAAAUUCCCGC